AUGUUGUUUCAAAAAGAACCUAUAGUAGUUGACGGGAAGGGCCAUCUCCUUGGAAGAUUAGCAUCUGUUGUUGCAAAACAGCUUUUGAAUGGGCAAAAGAUUGUAAUUGUGAGAUGCGAAGAAAUUAAUAUUAGUGGCGAAUUUUUUAGGAAUAAAUUAAAAAUGCAUGCCUUUCUUCGUAAACGAACACGAUUUAAUGCUACUCGUGGUCCUUUUCACUUUAGAGCGCCUUCACGUAUAAUGUACAGGGCUAUUCGUGGAAUGAUUCCACAUAAAAUGGCUCGAGGCUCGUCUGCUUUAGAAAGACUUAAAGUUUUUGAAGGGAUUCCACCACCAUAUGACAAGAAAAAAAGAAUGGUUGUACCAGAAGCUCUUCGAGUAUUAAGACUUAAGCCUGGACGUAAAUUUUGCACUGUUGGGAGGUUGUCAAAAGAAAUCGGCUGGAAAUAUGAAAAUAUUAUAUCUAAACUUGAAGAAAAACGCAAAAUUAGAUCACAUGCUUAUUAUACCACCAAAGUUGCUAAGGAGAAGAAAUUUCUUGAGGCAAAAAAGAAUGUAUCUACAAGCAAGAUUUUAGAAGAAUUUGGCUAUUAA